AUAAAAACAUUGCAGCAUAUGAGUAGAUAGAGUAGAUGGAGACCUGAAACGAGGUUCCAUCUAGAGAUAGGAAUAUCAAUCACGGAGUUUGCAAGCUUUCCGUCUCCGUCAUGGCGAUCCAGAAAAAUCUAAGACCAACAGAAAAUAUCGCGCUGCAUCAGUCAUAAAGUGCAGUCAAGGUACGCGUAAAGAGGGCCCGGGAACAACAAUAAUAGGGCAGACACGGAUGACUGAAAUCCAUGCCAUCGAGAAGGCGGCAAUCCAAUUCCCAGGAAUUUUCGCAAGAGGGUAACGAAUCCCCUUAUGGUGGUAAAGGCAGCAAUUAUGGAGCUUCUUCUCUCUUCCAUUAUGAAGUUUCCACCAAUAACUCCGCUGGAUACUACAAAAGGUUGCCGAAAGAGCGGAUGAGAAGCACCUGACUGAAUCUGAAUUAUUUAGCUUCCAUAUUCGCAGCCCCCCCUCCCCCUUUUGGAGUAGUCUCAACUCCUAAGCAACUGAAUUCCUCAGAUCCCAUGCUCACGGGGCCCUAUAUAAAAGGGCACGGGGGCAGAGGCAAAAUUUAAAACAACGCACCAUUUGUCACAAGCUCCAUUGCAUUUGAGCAUGACCUCGGAGCAAAUGAUGAAGGUAGCAGCGGAGUCGAGCCCCUGGUCGUCGCUCCAGAGGGUCGUAAUGGGGACUGCGAGGCUCAGGGGGCAGAAAGUUAGCACCUUGAGGUCGCGAUCUCAGGAAGCGGUGAACGAGCUAAUGCAAUCCAUUAUUGAGAGAGAAGGGGGAAAUGAGGCGUUUUAUGUUCUGGAUCUGGGUGUUGUGGUGGAUUUGUGGCAAAAAUGGCAGGAAGCCCUUCCGGGCGUCCGCCCUUUUUAUGCCGUGAAAUGCAAUCCAGAGCCUGUUCUGCUCUCCUCCCUGGCGACCCUCGGUGCGGGAUUCGACUGUGCCAGUCGGGCAGAGAUCGAAGCCGUGCUUUCCCUCGGCGUUGCCCCGGAUCGAAUUGUAUACGCAAAUCCCUGCAAGGCGGAAACCCAACUCAAAUAUGCUGCCAAAGUGGGUGUAAAUUUGACGACUUUCGACUCCAAGGAAGAGGUCGAGAAGAUCCGGAGCUCACAUCCGAGCUGCGAGGUGCUUUUAAGGGUGAAAGCCCAGGAAGACGGCGGUGCUCGAUGCCCAUUAGGGGCGAAAUACGGAGCCCUAGCUGAUGAAGUCGGGCCUCUGCUUCAGGCGGCUCAGCGGGCGGGUCUGAUAGUCGCCGGCGUUUCGUUUCAUGUCGGCAGUGGUGCAGAGCACGCCAGGGCUUACACAGGCGCCAUUAGCACCGUCAAGAAUGUUUUCGAGACUGCAUCAAGUUUAGGGCUUCCCAGGCUUCGAAUUGUUAACAUUGGGGGCGGUUUUACAGCAGGUCCGCGAUUUACAGAGGCUUCUGCCGCCGUUCGAGGUGCCAUGAAUGCCUAUUUCUCUGGCGAGUCGUCGGGAAUUUCUGUUAUUGCUGAGCCGGGGCGUUAUUUUGCAGAGUCGGCGUUUUCUCUGGCGACCAACAUUAUUGGGAAGCGGGUGAGAGGAGACCUUAGGGAGUACUGGAUCAAUGAUGGGAUUUAUGGCUCCAUGAAUUGUCUUCUUUAUGAUCACGCUGUUAUAACUGCGCUGCCCCUGGCUUGCAUGUCCCGCCGACUUAAUCCUUCCUGUCAUGGCCUGCCCAAGUAUCGGUCGACUGUGUUUGGGCCGACUUGUGAUGCUCUGGAUACUGUUCUUACUGACCAUUGGCUUCCUGAGCUUCAAGUGGGUGACUGGUUGGUUUUUCCUAACAUGGGUGCUUAUACUGCUGCUGCUGGCUCUAGCUUCAAUGGGUUUUCAACUUCUGCUAUAUGCACUUAUUGUGCAGUUUCUUAUUACUAAGAGAGUUCAGCAUUCACCAAUCCUUUCUAACCUUUGAGACCAAGUGUACGAAGUAGUAGUGCCUGGUGGUAGGCUAUCUCUUUGUUAGAACACUUGGUCGUAUGUUUUUAUUUGGCUUAAUGCUAUUAACAGCUUCUCAUGUUUCUCAA